AUCCAUGCGGGAUAGAUGAUAUACUCUCUGCUGCUGAGACGUGUCAAAAUAAAUACGCGCUAUUAGAAGGUUUCGCGCUCGCUAGGCACAUGGCGACUAUUUUUUCGUUGUUGUUUUUAUUGUUGCUUCGGUCAUCAUCUCUGUUCGGAUUCGAAUUUUGUUGACCAUUGCGGGUUUCGAUCGCGGGCUCUCCGUAUUACCGUUUUGCCGACGCAUGGUGCAGAAUGGUCCGUGUGCCGUCGUCGUGUUUGUUGUUCGCAGUGAGAUCGCGCCGUGAGUCGUUUCGUACUAUGUGUGGUGCUACCGUACUACAAAUUAACGGAUUGCGACGGUUCUUGUGAUGAGCUGAAGAAUUUGCAGUGCAUCGAUUGAGUAAAAAAUAAAAGUGUACUCAACAGAAACAAAAUUGCAAUGAAGAGAGCAGUCCCGCGAUAGGAUUAUCACACUGUUUGAGAGUACGCUGGUUUCAAAAUUUAGUGGUUUGGUUUAACCCAGGAAGACGGAAAAAAAGUGAAAUGAUAAUGUGGAGUGCACUACUGUGAGAAUUAGCUCAAUAAAGUGCAUAAUUCGUUAAGUUACAUUAACACAAAGGAAAACCGCCAAACAAAAGCAUCACCAUUGGGUCAAAAUUGCACCAAAUACAAACAAUCUGGCGGUGGUUAGACAACCAUCAAUGGCCGUUGGGCCACCGACCGGGGGAUCAGGAAAUCCUCCGCAAGCACCAGUCCAGCCACAUCCGAUUAUAGCACCGAGUCCACUGUUUGCCUUACCGACACUGAACUUUACCGCGUCGCAGGUUGCGACCGUCUGCGAGACGCUGGAGGAGUCCGGGGACAUUGAGCGUUUGGCACGGUUCCUAUGGAGCCUGCCGGUGGCCCACCCGAACGUCACGGAACUGGACCGUUCCGAGGCGGUGUUGCGUGCCCGGGCAAUCGUCGCAUAUCACACAGGACACUUUAGGGAGCUGUAUUCAAUACUGGAGCGGCACAAGUUCACCAAGUCUUCUCAUGGGAAACUGCAAGCAAUGUGGCUGGAGGCUCACUACCACGAGGCAGAAAAACUGCGCGGACGACCUUUGGGCCCUGUCGAUAAGUAUCGCGUCCGGAAAAAAUUUCCGCUGCCCCGGACAAUCUGGGAUGGUGAACAGAAGACCCACUGCUUCAAAGAGCGAACGCGGAGCUUGCUAAGAGAGUGGUACCUGCAGGACCCAUAUCCGAACCCGACCAAGAAGCGGGAACUGGCGCAGGCCACCGGUCUCACCCCGACACAGGUGGGAAAUUGGUUUAAAAAUAGACGCCAGCGGGACCGAGCUGCGGCGGCCAAAAAUAGGCACAACCAGCCGCCGCUGUCCGGCUCCGGGGGGACUUCGCUUACGCCCCGACGGGGUGAACCGCCACUAUCGCCCACCGACACCGACUCCGAUUCGGACAUUUCACUGGGAACGCACUCGCCCGUGCCGAGCAUGUCGCUGCAGCACAGUCCCAGUUCGCUGCCCGGUUCCAGCGAGGAUCGACUCAACGAAGACCGGGACCGGGAAAAGGAUUUCCGCAGCUUUGCUUCGCUCCAUUCGUUCCGUUUCGGAGAUCACCUAGCGGCAGGAGGAUUCCUACCCGGUCUGUACCACAGCACAAGCUCGUUCAACAACAGAUUCAUGCCUUAUCGCCUCGGGGACAACUCACCUCCGAUCAAUACUCACUCACCCCCGAUAGGCCUGACCCAUCUUCCAAUCACGCCGACCGUGCUUCGGCCGCAGCCCCAUUUGCCUCCAUCGCUUUCGGUGGCAGCUCCGACGGCAACUACGACCUCGAUGAGUGAAUCACCGAACAGCAACAGCAGUGCCACCACCAGUUCCAUCAACAAUGGUCCCAGUGGACUGGCGGCCAUGGCGGGCAGCAAUAACACCGGAAGUAGUACUCCCCUGAUGGCACCAAUGUCCCCACUCAGAAUACGGGUCAGUUCACCGACACGGCUCAACUCGGACCUGCUGCAGCACAGUUCUCAUCAUCAGAACCUCAUGAAUGGACUGAACGCGAGCGGGAUCGUACGGAUUGUUCCUAGCACAACCACAAAUCUCAUCCAUCGGCCAUUUUCGCCGUCACCCAAACCGAAAGAAGCGUCGUGAUAAGCUUUAUCAUCGCCGUCGCUACAUCCGCCAUCUUUCCUUUACGAGUGCGUAGUUUUUAAUAGUUGAUUAAUGUAGUAAAUUAUGGGAGAACAAGAGAGCAAAUGCCUCCUCCUGCAACUUGUUACUAAAGCCAUAAAGAAAAAUCAUAAACUCUAUGCUUUUAAGAAGACAUAUUUCUACGCGAAAGCACGCUGCUUUGGUAAAUUAGAUUUACUUUAAAAACUUUGGCAAAAUCACGUCAUAUUUAUUUCACCGUUUUGGAACCGACGCUACAUUAUGUAGUAGCGAGAAAGCGAAAGAGAGGAGGAAAAUCAAUCAUCUAUGUAAACAUCAUACCAAUAAACGUAACAUUCCUCUGUGAGUUGGGCGGCUCAAUAUCAUCAGGUGUUGUAUCAAUCUUGCAGCACCAACACCAUGAACCACGGUGCGGCUCAUGCGCAGUGACAUUCCAGGACAAACUGGGAACACUGCCCCUCGAGCCACCACGUUCUGGGGACUAGACCAUAUCGCACAACACAUGGCACUUCACCGGAAUGAUAGAUGCAGCAAACAGCAAAAGAUAGAGCAAUUUUCCUCACAUGUCUAAGCACAAUUUGUUCAUAGUCACUAAAGUAAAGGAGCAGCACUUUUCAUGCCGCGAAAUGAUCGAUGAUGAUAAAAGCAUGCAUGAAAGGUUAAUGUCAGAAUAGAGAAAAAUAUUUAAAUAAAAUUUAACAUGAAACGUUGUGUAAAAAAGUAAGCCUGCAAAACUGGUAAGCACAAUUAAUUAUCGUAGUGAAGCUAGAUUGAACAAACAAACAAAUAAAAACAGCGAGCGAAUCACAGGACCUACUGAAAACGGCGCAAAGAGGAGGGCUAAAACAGUAUGAAAGUAUAUUUAACAACACAAAAGUAUAGCUAUGCAUAUAGAGGUAGAAAAAGGAAAUAAUUGAUCUAAAGUAGUGCUAAUUACUCACCAGCUUCGAAGCCCCCCGAAGAGACGCAUUAAAGCAUUUCACUUUUUCACAUUUAGUUCAUUUGAGUCACUUAAAACAAAAGACGAACCACUUUUCGCACGUAAUGCAAUUUGCUGCGGACACAAACCAACCGAAUGGAACAGCGCGCAAGAAGAAGUCGUCGUCGAAUCAGAAACAAAAA